ACAUGUUUACAAACAAUUUAUUUUUAUUAACAUGAGAAUUUUAAAAAUAAUUGAAAAAUAAAUAAAAUUUUCGUUCAAUUACUUGGGAUGUGAUAUAUUACUACGUCAAUUUGACGUCAUUUCCUCAGUUCUACAACUUGUGUUAUAUACCUGUCGUCACACUCUAUGCUAAUCGAAUAGAACGGGAAGAAGCGCGUUUUCAGAGUAAACAAAUAUGGCAGCAGAUGGAAGAAGUAAACAUCUUGGAUCCCGAACAAAUCAGUUAGAUUCUAUUUCAUUGGAUAAUGAAUUGCACUUGUUAUUUAAAUCACAGAUAGAUAAUUGUUUUCAAUAUUUACAGCUUAGUUCAUUUCAAAAUAUUCAACCAGAAUUAACAGCUUUAUUGAAACUUUUUGUUUGGAAGUACAGUGUUAUUUCAAAAGGAGCUACAGUUGGCCAACAGUUGCUAGAUUUGGAAUAUAGAAAUGAAAAGGAUAGACAACUGCUAUCAAGAAGGAAAUCGUGGCUAUUAGGAAUAUUGUUAAUUGGUACACCAUGGCUAAAACAAAGGAUAAUGGAUAAUCUAUUGAUAUCAAAUAUAUAUGUUAGACAGGUAAUUCAGUAUGAAUAUAUGAAUAGAGAAUUGCUGUGGCAUGGAUUUGCUGAAUUCCUAUCAUUUGUACUUCCCAUAAUUAAUUUGAAACGAUUAAAAAAUAUAAUAAAAAGAUUAACGUCAUCAAAAACAAGUUUUCAUGCUUCCGAGAGGACGACAAAAGACUUCAAACAAUGCGCCAUUUGCGAACAAUGGCCAACGUUUCCCCACGAUAUUGGUUGUAAGCAUGUAUUUUGCUACUAUUGCAUAAUGAGUAAUAUAAUGUCAGAUCCAAACUAUCAGUGUCCAAUAUGUAAUUAUAAACAGGAUGUUAUAUCAGUCAGGCCUGCUAACACCGUAUAAUGAACAUUACAUAAAAGUUUAAUGUGCAAAUUAUUCUCAAAAAGGGACAAUGUAAUAUUUAUACAAAUAACUUCCCUAUUUUUUUGAUAAAAAAAAGAAAAAGGUUGCCAUUAAUAACCAUUGUUAAGUGUCUCCCUACAUGUAAAGUUGGUGAACUAAUAAUUUUGUAAUUAUACAAAAUAAUUUCACUUUAAAAUUAGAAAUUUUGUAAACACAAAUUAUGUAAAAAUGUA